AUGCCGCCUCGUCCAGUCGCGUUCCCCAGAACCUAUUCGCUCUCCAUGAAAGCACACAAUAGUAAAAGAAGGUAUACACAGCGGCUGCACGUCCUCCCAUUGAAAGUGCACCUCUCUAACAUCCAAGGUCUGCACUCCAAUCUCGAAUCUGUCCAUCACCACCUAGAAACAGAAAAACCGCAGCUGCUGUUCCUCACUGAGACGCAGAUCAGAUGUCCGGCUGACACGGCGUACCUCAGCUACCCCGGGUAUUCUCUGGAGCACAGGUUCAUACCUCGUACCGGAGUCUGUGUGUACGUCCGUGAUGACAUUUGCAUCAAGCGUCUUAAGCACCUUGAGACAUCCAGUUACUCCAUCCUAUGGGUUCUGGUGGACACAGGACAGGAGAAAAUCCUGUAUGCCUGUGUCUACCGUUCGCACAGUGGAGACGUGGAAACAACUCAGUUAUGUGACCAUCUCACCCUAACGGCGGAUAAGGCUCGAGAGCGUUACCCUUCGGCACAGUUAGUCAUCCUGGGGGACUUCAACGCCCACCACCAGGAGUGGCUAUACCCAUACCAGGUGACCGACCAUGCUGGGAGAGAAGUGCGUAAACUAGCCUUGACGCUAGACCUCACCCAGCUUGUAAAUUGUGCUACCAGGGUACCAGACGUAGACUCUCAUACCGCCAACUGCUUAGACCUAUUUUUAACAACUGAUCCGGACAGUCACUCAAUAAUAGUUUCUGCACCACUGGGUACUUCUGACCACUGUCUGGUCAAAUCUGUAUCCGUCUGUUCCCCACCCGAAGAAGCCCCAUGUGGCCCAAGACGGGUCUGGCGCUACAAGGCAGCGGAUUGGGAUGAGAUGCGUCACUUUUUCUCGUCCUAUCCUUGGCGAGAGGUAUGCUUUUCUUCUGAUGAUCCGUCGAGCUGCGCUGAAGCCAUUACCGCGGUUAUACGCCAGGGUAUGGAAUAUUUUAUACCAUACUCUGACGUAGCGACGAAUGGAAAAGCUCGCCCAUGGUUUGAUGCGGAAUGCUAUCGUGCAGAAGUCAAAAAGCGGUCGGCAUACACUGCAUGGGCUGAAGCUCGAGCGCGCAAGUCUCCUAAUUCUCGGAAUUUGAAGAAAGCUUUUAACCAAGCUGCCAAGACAUGUAAAAGGGCGUUACGCAGGGCUAGAUUCAACCAUAUCAGCCGCAUUGGGGCCAAACUAGCUUCUUACCCUUCUGGGAGCAAAGCGUUUUGGUCCCUGGCAAAAGCUGUUGAAUCUAACUUUUGUCGGCCGUCACUUCCACCAUUGCUGAGGACUGAUGGAUCACUGGCCCAUUCUGCAAAAGAGAAAGCGGAUUUGUUUGCAUCUCUUUUUGCUGAGAACUCUCGUCUGGAUGUUGCAGGAAAAGCUCCACCAAUCUCAACUCGUGCUGACUGCAUUAUGGCAGAAGUACGCAUACGCCAAAAAGAGAUCCUUAAAAUCCUGCAAACUCUAGACGUGAACAAGGCCAGCGGACCGGACGGUAACGAUCUCCUUAGCGACCGGCAGUACGGUUUCCGCCAGCACCGUUCGACUGGGGACCUUCUAGUGUAUGCCACACAUAUAUGGAGUGAGGCCAUUGACAAACACGGCGAAGCACUUGCCGUGUCUCUCGAUAUCUCGAAGGCCUUUGACAGGAUUUGGCACGCGAGACUUAUAAGCAAGCUCCCUUCAUAUGGUAUUCCACCUGGCCUUUGCACUUGGAUUUCUGACUUCCUGAGCGAACGUUCAAUACAAGUUGUCCUUGACGGGUACUCGUCGGACAAAAAGGCUAUCAACGCCGGUGUUCCUCAGGGAUCAGUCUUGUCCGCUACCCUCUUCCUACUGCACAUUAACGAUCUGCUCGUCCCCGGUACCUUUGGGUAUGCUGACGACAGCACAGUGACGGACAGAUACUUCUCGAGUGCAAGGGCUAGAUUAGAAACUCUUCGGUAUGAAGAUUUUAGAACGAAACAGGAAGAUUCGAAUCCCGGUUAUGACAAAUGUUUUUACUAUCAAUCCAACAUUAACAAUACUUAA